AUGUCGACACAUCCAGAGGUUCUAUGGGCGCAAAGGAGUAGCGCAUCCGAUCCUAAAAAGAACGUCAUAUAUCUUACCAUCAAUCUACCAGACAUUAUCGAAUCGACCUUGAAAUGCGAACUCACAUCGACUACACUCGACUUUAAAGCAAAAGCGGGAAAUGCUAGUAAAGGUUUGGAGGAGAAGGAUUAUGCGUUCUCCAUCGAAUUCUUCGAAGAGAUUGAUCCUGCCGAAUCCUCCCGAAGACUAAACUUGCGCGCGCUCGAUCUCGUUCUCCGCAAGAAGGAGCACAAGGCUGAGUACUGGACAAAACUCUACAAGGGCCCAAGACUUCAGUUUGUAAAGACCAAUUUCAGCAAAUGGGUCGAUGAAGAUGAACAGGAUGAGGCUAAACCCGUCGAGGAGGACGACUUUGACCCGAUGGGUGGCAUGGGCGGUAUGGGUGGAAUGGGAGGCAUGCCAGGAAUGGGCGGAAUGGAAUGGGUGGAAUGGGUGGAAUGGGCGGUCUUCCUGGGAUGGGAGGCAUGGGCGGUGGUAGCAUGGCUGGCAAUUACGACAACGUCGACUUUGAAAAGGUACGUUGGUGUGAUGCUUGCCGACAUUCGUAAGGAUCGCGAAGGCAAGGCUGAUGAAGGAUCUGGCGAAGCGGAUGACGACUCGUCGGACGGCGAUGAUGGUCCGCCACCGCUUGAGGAUGCACCUACUGCAGACAAGUAG